AUGGCUUUUGCAGUUUCGACGCCGGUUCCGCCGGUUCCUGCUGUUGACGUGGUGGCCCGGGCAGCGGUUGUCGGCUCUAGUUCUCUGAAUCGUGGGGCUUCUCCGGCGCCGGCUGCUUCCAGUGGUGCAUUAUUUUGCACCAAUUGCAAUCGUCCUAAUCACGAUGUCAGCACAUGUUACCGGUUGAUUGGUUUUCCUCCCGGCUGGUCCUCUCGUGGUCGUGGCGGCGGACGCGGCCGUGGGCGAAAUAAUCCGAGUGCUGGCCGUGGCAACUCUCCACAACUUGGGACCGUUUCCGGAGUUCCAACUCAGCCUUCCGCGGCUGCCCACAAUGUGUUAUUACCUUCCGGUGGUGAUGGCGUCGGUUCUGCUGUGACCGGACUUAAUGCCGACCAGUGGAAUAAGCUUCUCUCUUUAUUGAACUCGGCCAAAUCUCCAUCGGGUUCAUCUUUGUCUGGGAUUUUUCUAAUCUUCCUGUUGCUUGCUGCUGCUUGUUUCUUUUCCCCGGCGGAUCAUGACCAACACCGACUUUCGACGCCGGUUCCGCCGGUUCCUGCUGUUGACGUGGUGGCCCGGGCAGCGGUUGUCGGCUCUAGUUCUCUGAAUCGUGGGGCUUCUCCGGCGCCGGCUGCUUCCAGUGGUGCAUUAUUUUGCACCAAUUGCAAUCGUCCUAAUCACGAUGUCAGCACAUGUUACCGGUUGAUUGGUUUUCCUCCCGGCUGGUCCUCUCGUGGUCGUGGCGGCGGACGCGGCCGUGGGCGAAAUAAUCCGAGUGCUGGCCGUGGCAACUCUCCACAACUUGGGACCGUUUCCGGAGUUCCAACUCAGCCUUCCGCGGCUGCCCACAAUGUGUUAUUACCUUCCGGUGGUGAUGGCGUCGGUUCUGCUGUGACCGGACUUAAUGCCGACCAGUGGAAUAAGCUUCUCUCUUUAUUGAACUCGGCCAAAUCUCCAUCGGGUUCAUCUUUGUCUGUUUCGACGCCGGUUCCGCCGGUUCCUGCUGUUGACGUGGUGGCCCGGGCAGCGGUUGUCGGCUCUAGUUCUCUGAAUCGUGGGGCUUCUCCGGCGCCGGCUGCUUCCAGUGGUGCAUUAUUUUGCACCAAUUGCAAUCGUCCUAAUCACGAUGUCAGCACAUGUUACCGGUUGAUUGGUUUUCCUCCCGGCUGGUCCUCUCGUGGUCGUGGCGGCGGACGCGGCCGUGGGCGAAAUAAUCCGAGUGCUGGCCGUGGCAACUCUCCACAACUUGGGACCGUUUCCGGAGUUCCAACUCAGCCUUCCGCGGCUGCCCACAAUGUGUUAUUACCUUCCGGUGGUGAUGGCGUCGGUUCUGCUGUGACCGGACUUAAUGCCGACCAGUGGAAUAAGCUUCUCUCUUUAUUGAACUCGGCCAAAUCUCCAUCGGGUUCAUCUUUGUCUGUUGUUUUAUUGCCUGCAUCGACAAUGGGGUCUGGGUGCUACUUGAACGCCGGUGACCGGAGUUCCAAGUGCCUUGAACAGGCGGAUUGUUGUAAGACCACUACUAGCCCAGACACAGUUUGUGACUUUGAUGGGUAUUGUAGUGUUCCGAGGGGUGGACAUUGUGAUUCUCAAUCCCAAUGUGGUCGUGUUGGGAUGCAUGCGAGCUAUAGAGCAAAGAGAGUAUUGAGGGUUUCAGGGAGAAAGGUGGACGGUGAGUAUCGGGAAAGCAAAUUCGAGAGCAGCAGGAGAAGAAAUUGGAUCUUUUGGUGGUGGCGAUUGAUGGUUCGGCAUCAGCGGGAAUCGAUUUAA